AUGGAUGACACAACCCUGACCAGUAUGGAGGGAUAUUACAUGGCCAUAGACGAUACCCACAUCCAUGACAGUCUACAGGAUCUGGAUGACCCGACAAGCUUGAAGCGUAUGCUCAACAUAGCGAAAAGCAGCACUGCCGCCACCUUUGUUCUCGACUUCAACGAUGAGGCUGCUUAUGCGACCUUUGAUCUACCGUUCGCUUCCACCUCGAAACUGCUCGAUGCCGAGAGGCCGGAUGCAUCGUACGCUCGCUGGGUAAACCUGUGGCGUCCUUUCGAGCAGCAGGCUAUCCUGGAAGUGUUGGCCAGACGCUAUGAUUCUGUUGCCCGCGGCAAUCUGUAUCGUAUCAUCGACGACCUCUGGCAUUACUCGUCUGUCGACCUCGGGCGAAGCUACGUCUGCAUCGGCUAUAACUCAAUCUUUGGCACGAAGCAUGCAGACUCCGAGGACGACAAUGGAAUACUGCCGCAUUGCACGAGAAUAUGGACCUGGCUUGUGCUGUGUGACGAUAGUACAGUAAUCACGAUCAACGAGGAUCCAUUUCCGUUCGCAGGUGGUGUAUUGAGCGGAACACAGCAGCGCAUCCUACAAGAGACACGACGGAAUCUCCUCAACGUCUUCCGUUCUCUGUCUCGAGUAGUCGAGGACGAGCGCAUGUCACGCAAUCCCAUGGCACUUCUACCUAUUCGCACACGUCUCGGUGACACCAUAGAAGAGACUGCUCACCGAGAGCCCGAUGCGCCAGGACUGCUCUUCUACUACAUCUUCGAGAAUUGGUAUAACAGCUACAUUCUGGUCACUCGCAAAGAAAGUCGAUAUGGCGUCGAGCUAGUGAGCUUACGGGCGCAAAUGUUCAAGUCACCUAAGCUCUGCCACAUCGACCGCCUGGACUGCAUUGGGAAGGAACUUGGCGUCCUCAAGCGCCACUAUCUGAGCUACAAUCGCAUUAUCGACCGCCUCCUGGAGCCACAAGUUGCAACCCCAGCAUCGCUCCAAGGCUCGCAUGUCAUCAGCGAGACCAGCGAGCUGUCAUCGCUGAGCACUGUGCGCCCAAUGGUCACGGAGAAGGAAAGUCUAUUGGGAGUCUCUUUUACCUCCGCCGCACGAUCACGUUUCCGACGGCUCAAGGACCUGAUCGACCUGUAUGCCCUGAGCGAGGUGGAAGAGUACCUCAAGCAGAAAGACUCACUGGUUACCAUGAACUUCAACCUCAUUGCCAUGAAAGAGUCUCUGGAUAUGGAGCGGCUGACAAAGAUCACGCUGUUGAUUACGAAAGCGACGAUCUCGUUCUUGCCGGUCAGCCUAAUGUCGGCUUACUUUAGUGUGCAAUUUGAUGGGAUUGAUUAUACAGUCAAGGAAUAUUGGGUCUCGUUUGCCGUGAUUCUGGCAAUGAGCUGGGUUAUGCUGUUCGUGUUUGGUGUUGCCAGCGGUAGUGUUGAGACGGUCGGUGUCCUUCAGAAGGUCUGGCAGGGGUCAAGGCAAGCCUGGACUUCCCUUACUUCACGGGCUUAA